AGUAAAAAAUCUCAGAAAGUUUCUUUCAUGAAUAUGUAAUCGACUACUUUCUCUUUGUUUUUUGUGUCUAGAAAUUCAAUUUUCAGGACUUAGCUUAAGUUGUUUUUUUAUACAGUUUUCUCAAAUACUGUUUCUGGGAAAAUAACCAAACAGGCCUUGAAUUUCACCUAACCUCGCUCCAAACCACACAUUCUGCAUAUAAACUUUAGGUAGUACAGUCCUCCUAAUCGUUACUUGUUGGUCAAAUAUGCAAAGUCUUAGUACCGAACAGAUGCUAUUAAAGGGCUUCAGGCUAACAUGGAGCUCUAUGACCACUUGAACUGAUCUCUCAAGCAAUCAGUAUGUUUGCUGCAGCAGCAAGUGUGUUGGUUGCUGGCUUUCUGGUUUAUGCUUAUAGGAGCAUCAUUCCUCCGCCUCCAAAGGUUUGUGGAUCACCAAAUGGUCCUCCCGUUACAUCGCCCAGAAUUAAGCUCAAGGAUGGAAGGCAUUUAUCAUACAGAGAAAGGGGUGUUCCCAAAGAAAAUGCUAAAUACAAAGUCAUCCUUGUUCAUGGAUUUGACAGCUCCAAAGACAUAUACUUACCGCUUUCUCAAGAUGUGAUGGAAGAAAUGGGGUUAUAUGUUUUAACAUUUGAUAGAGCUGGCUAUGGAGAGAGUGAUCCAAACCCAAAUCGCUCAGUGAAGAGUGAGGCAUUUGAUAUUCAAGAACUUGCUGACCAGCUCCAAUUAGGGGCCAAGUUUUAUGUGAUUGGUGUCUCCAUUGGGACUUAUUCCAUUUGGGCAUGCCUCAAGUACAUUCCCCACAGGAUAGCUGGUGCAACUUUGGUAGUCCCUGUAAUCAAUUUUUGGUGGCCUUCUUUUCCUCCCAAGCUCGCAAAUGAAGUCUUCAGGAACCAGCUCAAAAGAGAUCAGGUGAAACUUAGUAUAGCACACCAUAUGCCCUGGCUGGUUUACUGGUGGAUGACCCAGAAAUUGUUCCCUUAUUGUGCCAUCUUGCAAAGACACCCAAUACUUUUCACCAAGAGAGAUGUUGCAACCGUGAUGGAAAUGUCAAAAGUACCUAAUCCUGAUGAGCAUAAGAUAAGGCAGCAAGGAAUGCAUGAAUCCCUUAACCGGGACAUCAUCUGAUCAUCAUCCCAAUUGUGAAGUAUCCACUGUUCAAAUUUUUAUGCACAAAUCUUAAUUCAAUCCACUAGAAUAUAUAAUUCCCAAAAAUAAUCCAUGGUACUAAUUACAAGCAUAUAUUGUAUCUUAUCGUAAAUAUACUCUGGUUCUUUUCUGUUUAUACAAUAAAUUGCUAUGUUAGUU